AAGGCUCAUUUAAAGAUGGCGGAGCCAGUGGAGUUUCGAAGCGAGGACGGGAGCUUAAUGAAAUUGCUUAAGUAUGAUGACAGGUAUUAUGUGACCCAUUUCGUUGGAAACGUCAAGGAUCAUCUUGCUGCAAUAGAUGCAAUGGAUGUCAGGGAAGAUGACACAUUCAUAAUGGCAUACCCUAAGUCAGGAACCCAUUGGGCAUUUACCCUAGCCUUCAUGCUUCGUACAGGGGAGACAGCCUACCGCGGAUCGCCCACGUUUUUAGACUAUACCGACAUGGAAACGAUUGAUAAGCUCCCGUCUCCAAGAGUCUUCGCGACUCACAUUGCCUUUGAAUUGAUGCCAAAACAGGUCAAAGAGGGGAAGGGCAAAGUCGUUGCAAUAUUUCGUAAUCCAAAAGAUGUCAUAUCGUCACUUUACGCAUUCCUGAAGAAAGUGGAUCAUAAAGAUUUCUUCAGAUGUCACAACACAUGGGAGGGCCUUCUCGAAUUUUACAUAGAAGGCAAGAUUUACUACGGUUCCUGGUUUGAAUACAUGAAAAACUGGGAUAAAGUGAGGAGAGAGCACAAGGGGAAUAAUGUAAUGUACUUCAUCUAUGAAGAUUUGAUACAGGACCUACGUUCCCAAGUGCAAAGGUUGGCGCUGUUCCUCGGGGUGUCUUUUGAAACGGAAUUCCUGGACACUGUGACUAAAAGGUGUACGUUUCGGAACAUGGCUACAGAAGCCACAAAGACGUUUACACCAUCCGAGCAGUGGAAAGAAUUUACCAAAGAUAAAACACUUCCUAUCUACAGGAAAGGUGAAGUCGGGGACUGGAAAAAUAACUUCACAGUUGCUCAAAAUGAACACUUUGAUAGAGUAUAUAACGAAAAAAUGAAAAACUCAAGUUUCGAUUUCCGAUUUGAAUAACAAGUUUCCUGGCAACACAGAACAAGUAUGAUAGCCAAUAUAUAGAAGUAACUGAAAUGGCGGCGAAUAAUGCUCUACAGACAUUCAAUCAAGGAAUAGGGGUUAAUUAGGAGAAUGUAUUGAAUGACAUACAUACUGUGGCUAUCAAAUUACGAGGGAGGACCAGGCUGCUAAGUGAUGUCCACAACAUUAGUGACGAGUCCUAGAAUGACCAAACAGAUGUGUGAUGCCCUUGACACGAGUGACGAGUAAAUCACAGGCGAAACAACUAUAUAAUGCAUUUUAAUUCUUUAUUUGAGAUUUUCCAUCUUCACGUGUAUGCCUUUUGUACAGCUCUCACUUUUAAAGCUGUGCGAUUCUAUAUGUUAUAGCCAUGAUAUCAAGUAAAUAAAAUUGACCAGUUAUGGUAUGUUUU